UAUUAAUGAAUUUUGGGUACCAAUUCUAAAAUAGAUAGUUAAUUCUAGACAUUCGGGCAAUCUUAAGAUUUGAUAAGAAUUCUAAAACACAGUACACCAACUUUAGAAGAAUUGCUGAAGAGAGAUGAUUUUUUGAACGACUUGAAAGCAGGGGCAAUGCAUGCAUUUAUAGAUUAGUAAUUGUGAUAACUAAUAUCAAAUCAGUAUUCUAAAAAACAAGGACUUGAUAGAAGAGAUGAUAGUACUUCUGACAUCAACCAACUGCUAAAGCAAUUAUCCUUUUAUAAUGAGCGAAAUUUUUGAGCAUUCGACGCUGAUAGAACAUCUAUUUGCUGGAAGACAACCCAAAUAAGCAAGAAUAGAGAAAAAGGUAAGAGAUGCAACUUAAAUAGACAACCCUUGAGUAAUAUUUGUCAGCCAAUUAAGAUACAUUGGAGAGUCAAGAAGAGGCAGAGGAAAAUUAAAGUUCAAGUAUCACCAUAAUUGUAUUGUAGUUAAAUUUCUACCUGAUACUACUGAUAUUCUUGGUGAUUAGGAUGCCUUUUACUUAAUACAAAAGCUAUUCUCUUUUCUUAAAUGCUCAAAUGUCAAUGAGACUUAAAUUGGAUACUUUGGAAAGGCAUUGAAUCUUAUUUCUAAGAAUUAUUGCAUUGAAGUAAAUAAUUAUAAUGAUAUUAAUCAGUUUUGGAAUUUCUCUAAGAUUUGUGGAUCUAUAAUAAGUGAUAUAAUCAGCCAUUUGAAAUUUAAAUAAAUUCAAGAGUUCUUUGCAAAAGUUAUAAUAAUGGACCAUCCCUCUAAAAAAAACUUUAGUCAUCAUUAUAAACAAAGAAAAGAAUUAGUACAAGGUCUUUUUGAAUGUUUAUUAGAAUGGGAGGACAGCUUAAUUGUAAUACCUAAUAUUAUAUAAAUAUCAGUUCCUUGAAAGUGUCUCUGAAUUUUUGAAUUGCAUAUUUCAAUUUGGGGGUCAUUUGUAUGAACAUAUUCAUGAAAUGCUGGAUCUUAUUAUAAAACCUGCAUUUUAUUACGAAAUCGCUGUAUUUAGAAUAUAUCAUAUUUGUAGUACAAAUCAAAAGAAUCUGCCGUUUAUAAGUUAUAUUACCAUUCAAUCUGUUUCUUAGGAAUCCUUAACACUUAAUUACUCACACAAUAAAAUGUAUAAUAAUAUCAACAAAUCGACAAUGUGCUCAAAUAAAUUACAUAAUUAAAUACUCAAAUCCCAUCCUUUUAAUUAGCAAUCUAAUCCAAUCUUGCCAAUCUAGAAAUAUUCCAAAAUCAUUAAUAUGAAAAUUAUUAGUACCUCUUUGGAAAUAAUAACCUUAUUCUGGUCAAAUCCAUAGAUGUUAUUAUUAGGUUUCAUAAUUAAGAAUUGAUAGAUCUUUUAUUCGAACACAAAGUCCUAGAUUAUCUAUUGGUAUCUACUUGCUCUAUCCAUUUUAUAGCAUUUAACAUCCUUAUUCCAUUUGAACAAUCAAUUACAUUUUGCCGUGUUUUCCAUUUUCAAUUAUCUCAUUAUCUAAGAUGUUCACAGAAUCCUCACUCAAACUCAAUUGCUGGAGUUUCUAAACUCUAAAUUGACUUAAUCUAAGAAGUAUUGAUUCAUUUUUUAUUAGAGUAAUUCACACUAAGGUUGUAUGGGGAGUUUAAAAAAGAUUGGCUAUCUACUUCUGCCAUCCUUAGAAAAUGAUGAAUUAAACCAGCCAUUGAAGAUUCGAUUAUUUGAAUUCAAACAGCAAGAAGAGUCUUUCCUCUUGAAUGUUGACCCUAAGGAUUGCAAAGAGAUUCCACCUGUUUCAUUAAGCAUUGACAGACAAGUUGAGAUGAUGCUUGAUGAAAAGAAUAAUAACAAUAAUUAAAAUUCAAAUCAACAUCCCAAUUGAAAUUUUAAUUUAUCAUAAACUAAC